GUGAUCAUCAGAUCCACCUUUCUACUGAAUGAAGGAUCUAAAAUAAACACCAACUUCAAUUUUUUUUUGACACUGCCUGUUAAAAUGAAUUCUAUGAACCUUGAGAUAAUUGCCUUAGUCGUCGAGUUUUGUGGCUGGGUCCUGGUAUGCUGUACCUUGCCUAUUGACUACUGGAAAUGGUCUGUACUCGAUGGCAACAUCAUUACCACUGCUGUCCUCUGGUGCAACCUCUGGAAAAGCUGCUUCACAGAUUCAACUGGAGUUACUGACUGCAGGGACUUGUCAAGCAUACUGGGACAAGAACGUCACAUCCAAGCUUGCAGAGGCCUUAUGAUUUGUUGUGUGACACUGGGGUUUUUUGGAGCCAUUUUUGCCUUGUUUGGGAUGAGGUGUACAAGGAUUGGGGGAACAGACACCACCAAAGCUAAGACUGCCUGUGUGGCAGGAGGCUGUUACAUAGUUGGAGGUUUGUGCUCUUUGAGUGCAUACUCACUAUAUGCAAACAGAAUAACUGCAAUAUAUUUUGACCCUACUUAUACAGACCAAAAAUAUGAGCUGGGAAGUCCUUUGUUUAUAGGCUGGUCAGGCUCUGUACUCUGCAUUGUAGGUGGAUCAAUUUUCUGUUUAAUAAAUGGAAAAGAUUCUAAGCCAAAAAGGAAUAUUUACAGUUACACUGCAGGAUCAUCAUAUAUCACCCCUAACCCUAAAACUCAAAGGUCCAUGCAGGAGUAUAGAAGCCAAUCAAAAGACUCUAAAACUCAGAGGUCCAUGCAGGAGUAUAGAAGCCAAUCAAAAGAUCCUAAAACUCAGAGGUCCAUGCGGGAGUAUGGAAGCCAAUCAAAAGACUUUGACAGAGAUGCUUACGUUUAACAGGAGAAGAGACUUUGUACAUGGCAGCAAAGAUCACUCUUCCUUAAUGAAUGCACUAUUGCUUACAAUUUACAGUAUGUCAGGUUUUGUAGUCACAUAUGACAAUGUUUGUGUGGUCACACAGGGCGAGAUUUUCAAAGCUAUUUACAGGAAUUCAAACAAUCCAGGCAUUUUAUUUAGGGUUUUAUAAGUAGACUCGUAUUUGUUUUAGAAUUUGCAUUUGUAAUGAUGAUUUGGAAAAAAAAAUAGCUUUCAAGUCCUGGGUAAUCUGGCCCAUAGUGCAUAAUUGCUAUUUAAAUUAUACAUUUCAAACAAUUGGGACUCAUUGUACCAAAUUAUGGGUCUCCCAUA